AUCUAGACAGAUGACUCUGUAGAUUCGUCAAUUAACAAAGAAGAAAAACGAGAAAACAGAGAGACACUGUACUCUGGAUCAAGAAAUGUUCGCCCUAGUGAAGCUACUAGACAUCGUUCUCUUCCCCUUGUUUUUGACAAUUGCUUUGGCCGCGCCUUUAAUAGACGCGCAGACAUGUCUUCCUCGCGAUCUCUUCCCUGACCAUCUGAUCAAUCUCAAGCAAUGGUACACCCGCGAAUUUGGCGACUAUCUCUUCAUUGAGAAACCCAAUUUCUUUAUCGGUCUCAUCUGGUUAGAGCUGCUCUUCCAGUGGCCUCUCACGCUGCUCAAUUUAUACGGGAUUUUGGGUGCCAAGUCUUGGUUGCCCACCACCUGUUUGAUCUAUGGCAAUUCUUCUUUUACUUCAAUGGCUGCUGUAUUGGCAGAGGUGACAGGGUCAGGUAAGGCUUCUGAUAAGAUGCUGUUCACUUAUUUGCCUUUCCUUGGAUGUGGUGUUUUGGCGAUUCUGCGUGGGCUGAUGCCACCAUCUGCAAAGGCCACUUCUGGAUCUGCCACAAUUGGCAGGAGAUCAAAAUUGGCUAGAAAGAAGAAAGCUUGAGCUUAUGCAAAUGUACGAUUUUUGCACCCUGCUGAUAUUCUCUACUUUUUUGUUUGUAACAACAUAGUUUAAAUCAAACAAACCUCAAAGUCUCCUGUGAGUUGCUUAUCACAAGCAUCAUCUACGCAUCCUGUUAACUUCUGUGUUUCUGCAGUUUUAUGAAUACGCUUUAAGCAGAAAAUAAAAAAGUUUAGUUGAAAA